AAAUAGCUGAGCAAUUACAUACAGCCAUCCAAUAGUCGGUGUAAGUUCGGUGACUAGUCAGUGAAUUUUGUGGUUAUUCUUUUCUGUUUAUUUUAAUACAAGUCAAUUUUUAUAAAUUUUCAAAAUGAACGGUCUUUUGUUGUGUCUCGUCGUCGCCACGGUCGCCAUUGUCUCCGCUGAGCCGCCAAGCAGCUACAGCCGACCAUCGUUCGGUGGUGGACACUCAUCCGGCGGUUUCGGCGGUUACUCUUCCGGCGGUGGUGGAGGAUACUCAUCCGGAGGCAGCGGUUUCUCUUCCGGCGGCGGUGGAUACUCGUCCGGCGGCAGCGGUUACUCUUCCGGCGGUGGCGGAUACUCGUCCGGCGGCAGCGGUUACUCGUCCGGCGGCAGCUACGUGCCUGUAGCCCCAGGACCAUCCACAUACGAAGGACAGUACGUUGAUGGACAAUUGCUCGAACAGAUCAAACAGAUCGUACUCAGAGACGAAGCCCAGAACUCCGGAUCCUCCUCCGGCGGAUACCCGUCCUCGUCCUACGGCGCCCCGUCCUCAUCUUACGGCGCACCGUCCUCAUCCUACGGAGCCCCGUCUUCGUCUUACGGAGCCCCGUCAUCGUCCUACGGAGUCCCGUCCCAGUCGUACUCCAGCCGCGUUGUUGGCGUCGAACUGGAACAGGUGAAGCCAGCCAUCCAAGUGGCCCAAUUCCAACAGUCCGGUGGAUACUCGUCCGGCGGUGGCUACUCGUCCGGCGGUGGUUACUCAUCCGGCCCAUCCUCCUCUUACGGAGCUCCAUCCAGGCCGUCAUCGUCCUACGGAGCACCGUCGUCCUCUUACUAAUAGCUGUCGGUGCGCAGCUCGGCUCGUCGACACCAUCUCGCACGAAAAACACCACAAACCGCAGUAACCCGCAUAAAAUAUUAUAAUAUCCAUCAUCAUCGCAUAACGUACACAGACUAUCCUCCGCCCUUUCGACGCCGCCGUGCCAGACCGCAACGCGAUCUACCUGUACGGCAGCUUUUACUGCUUUACAUAUUUUUUAUUACUAUAUUACUAUGCACUCGCGAUCUGCAGUUCUUCUCUACAACAUUCGUAAAUCAAAUUCAAAAAAAGCGAGUGUACGAUAUAUAUGUUGUACGUAAUAUAUAUAAUAGUAUAAUGAUACGACGCAUCGUUGUGUGGAUGACAUAAUACAUAUAUGUAUACCUAUAUAGAUAUUAUAAUAUAUAUAGUGUGAGCUUACGACAAAGUGUAUAUAUGUAUUAGUUUACCGUUGACAUCGACACGGCGGCGAGAAAGAGCACAUAAUUUUCGUAUUUUUUCUGAACUGUAUUUUUUUUUAUAUUUUGUUAUAUAUAUAAUGUUUUUUUUUUUUAUCUAUUGUUAUACGCGUGUAGUCGAAAGUUAAGCCAUAUCGCAUACUUAGAUACUUA